AUGGUCCGCUUCUCCUUUGCCGCAGCGCUGUUCCUCGCUCUGCCGAGUCCCGUCGUCCCAGACCCCUCCGGCGAGAAGAACAUCGGCAACGGCAACGGCGUCCAGUUCAUCGGCGGCGCCUGUCUCUCGAGCGCCGACUGCGCCUCCCAGUGCUGCGCAAUCAACGGCGGCAACGGCGGCGUCUGCUCCGGCCUCGGCGCACAGUUCCAGGCCGGCAAGCAGGGCUGCGGCUUCGGCGAUGGCGGCCAGCAGCCGCAGCAGCCCGAGCAGCAGCAACCCCCACAGCAGCAAGAACCGGGACGGAUGGCCCAGCAGCCGGGCGCGGACUCGGGCGCGCCGGGCUCCCAGAACGUUGGUACCGGAAACGGCCAGCAGUUCAUUACGGGGCAGUGCACCAGUGACGCCGACUGUGCUUCCGGGUGCUGCGGCAAUGGACUCUGUGCCGCACGCGCCGUGGCCGAGGCAGCAGGCGGUCCCGGGUGCGGCUUCUCGGGUCGCUGA